CAUAUGACAUGCUCUUUGACAUAUUUAUUUAUCAAAAAUGGCUGAUAUUUUUUUGACAAAUCGUUGUUAAAAAGUAAACAUAGAUAUAAAAAAUAAGUAAAUCGAAUAAUAGAUUAAAUAGAACAUAACUUACCUAAAUGAUUUGACGAUGGCAAUGCUUAGGGCUUUAAGUAGAAAUAUACCUUAUUUAAAACAACAAUUCGGGGCUCUAUUGGGCAACACUAGUACCUCCGUAAAGUUUAUCUGCGGAGUAGUACUCUUCAGCUAUGGAUUAUCGUUUUCUGAAGAGGCGGUACGAGUUAUAUCCGUCACUCCUGGAUAUUUAAUGCCCUCAUCUUUCUGGCUGUGGACAGCUUUUACGUUUUGUUUUAUGGAAAUACAUUUUUGGGAAGUGUUAGUGGACAUUGUAACAGUCGGACUGUGUGGAAAGCUAAUCGAACCGUUAUGGGGGCAAAUGGAAAUGAUGACUUUCUUCGCAAUCGUAAAUUUCGGUGUUGCUGUAAUCACUACAGCGUUUUACUUUAUCUUGUAUUGUUGUACUUUCAAUGCAGAAUAUUUGUUUAGUGUACACAUUCACGGUUUGGCUGGAUACAUAGCUGGAGUUUGUGUAGCUGUGAAACAAAUUAUGCCUGAUUUAGUUAUUAUUAAGACACCAUUGGGGAAAUUAAGCAAUCGAAAUGUACCAUUGACAGUAUUUUUCUUUUCAGUCUUAUUUAAAAUUGUAGGACUUGUAGAUGGUACUUACCCUACGAUGUUUUUUAGUGGACUAAUUGUUAGUUGGAUCUAUUUGAGGUUUUACCAGAAACAUUCGAAUGGUACAAGGGGCGAUAUGGCUGAUUAUUUUACAUUUGCAAGCUUUUUUCCGAAUGUCAUCCAGCCUCCCAUUGCUGUUCUAAGUAAUGUGGUUCACACUGGUUUAGUUAAAAUAGGAAUUUGCAGGAAAGUGAUUAGAAAAUUUGACAUGUCUAAUCCAACAGGUGUUACUGUAACAGUUCCUAUCGCAGAUCAACAUGAUAUGGAAAGAAGAAGACAAAUUGCUUUGAAAGCAUUAAGCGAACGCCUAUCCAAAUCAGCCCCCCAGAAGCAGAGCACAAAAACAUUGUUACCUCUGCAUGCACCAUCGACAUCCAAACAGCAGACUCAUAGUUCAAAUGUUACACCUCAGGUUCAAUUAAGCGUGAUUCCCCCAAACUUAAUCCAAAAAACUGAAGAAUGAGAAUUAGUAAGUAAUUAAGUAAAACACUUAUGUAUAAAAGAAUUGUUACAUUAUUUUGUAAGAUUUGAAGUCAUAUUAAUAAAUAAAAUAUUUAUUGUUUGUAAUUUUAUUUUAGAUAUAUUUUGAAAUACAAUUU